AUGGCGCCAAACUACUCGCCCCCAGACUCGCCAUUAUCGUCAGCAAUGGACUCGUCAGAGCCAUACGAAGAAGAUCUCCACGAUGACGAAACGACGCUGCGGCCGUCCAAACGCCAAAAAGUCGAGGCCGGCUCGACAACAUCGUCGGCCGUGAUCCCCGAUGCCGAGCACGAGCCGGUGCCAGAACCCGAUCCUCUCGAGGGCAUGUCGGACGUAUCGUCGGACACGUCAGGCGACAUCCCGAGCUCCCCCGUGAACGCAAGGCUGGAGGAGGAAGACUUCCAGGACCAGGUGACCAUCUGCGACUGGGACGGCUGCCCUGCAGGAGACCAGGGCAACAUGGACAAGCUGGUUGAGCACAUUCACAAUUCGCACAUUGAGAACCGUCAGAAGAAGUACACGUGCGAAUGGCGAAGCUGCAACCGAAAGGGCUUGCCUCAUGCCAGUGGCUAUGCCUUGAAGGCUCACAUGCGGAGCCACACCAGAGAGAAGCCCUUUUACUGCUAUCUGCCUGAAUGCGACCGCUCAUUUACGAGGUCCGAUGCUCUAGCUAAACACAUGCGCACCGUUCACGAAACCGAAGCUCUCCGACCAUCCGACCCUGUGCCCAAAUCGAUGCAAUCAGGGCCCACAGGUCGGACCGGAAAGCUCAAAAUCAUCAUCAAAACUCCCCAAUCGCAAUCCGCCGGACAAGACGACGGAGAUGACGCCAACGGCGAGGUUCCUCCGUCAGAGUGCUUUACGGCACUCACCUCGGAGCUCUUCACCGAAGAUGAGCUCGAACUUCCCCUCGCCAAGCUAUGGCGCAAGUGCCACUGGGAGGCGACAUGGGCAGAGGAGGUUGGAGAGGCGCUCAAGAACGAGUGCAAGCAGUGGGAGGAUCUCUACUACAAGGAGUGGCUCGAGAAGGAGGUUCUGCUGGCGCAGGUCAUCCAGAGCGAGGUGGACUGGCAUGAGCGCCGCCAAGCCAUCAUCUCUGGCGCUGCUGAUGUCCAGCUCCCCAGCAGCACGGAGGAAAGAGAUGAAGAGGCUGGCAAUGGCGUUCACAAAGAAGCCGUCUCCGCGACUGCUGACAAGGAAUAG